GGGUAAUUGGGAUGGGACUAGAAUGGACCGGAGAGACCUAGAGAGUAACUGGGAGCACUGGAAGGGAAAUAGGGGUUACUGGGAGGGUCGAGGAAGCGUACUGGGAGUAUUGGGAUGAGCGGGGAGCGAUGCUGGGAUGAACUGGGAGCGAUUUGGGGCGGUACUGGGAGAACUGAGAGGGAUACUGGGAUGGACUAGGUUGAAAUGAGUGGUCACUGGUUCUUACUGGUGUCAUUGGGAGAGUACAUGGACGGGCACUGGGGGUUACUGGGAUGGACUGGGGCCUGCUGUGGUCCAUACUGGUCUGUACUGAUCCAUACUGGUUUGUACUGGUGCAGAUGAACCUGGAGCGCGUCUCCAAUGAGGAGAAGCUGGAGCUGUGCCGGAAAUACUACCUGGGUGGGUUCCUGCUGCUGCCCUUCCUGUGGUUGGUGAACGUGCUCUGGUUCUCCCGCGAGGCCUUCCUGGCCCCGCCCUUCGGGGAGCAGCCGCGCAUCAAACACUACGUUGUGCGCUCGGCCGUGGGUGCAGCGCUCUGGGGGCUGGGCCUGGGCGUGUGGGUGGGGCUGUUCCAAACCCGCCGCAACCAAUGGGGAGCGCUGGGCGACGCCCUCAGCUUCACCCAGCCAAUGGGAGAGCCCUGAGCCCGCGCGGCAGCCAAUGGGAGAGCACAGAGGAGGGAUGAUGUCACUGCCCCAAAGCAACCACACCCCUUUUCUCCAAAUAAAGGCAGUGACCACACCCAAACAUGGGCGUGGAGCGGUUUUCAUUGGGGUGGGGUCGUGUUGGGCGUGGCCUCACUGCACUGGCCCCACCCCCACAGAAAUGAUGACAUCACCACCUCAAUGGAAACCCCACCCCUUUCUCCAAAUAAAGGCAUUGACCACACCUGUA